AUGGCCUUUGUCACCCUCCUGCUUCAUCUGGUGGUGUCCUGCAGCAUCGUGCUCUCCAGGUGCAAGGGAGAUCCGCCAGAAACCCUGGUGCCAUCAGUUCAACAAUGGCUUCUGUACGUGGCUUUGUGGCCUGUGCUGGCAGUGCUCGUGUCCGAGGGCACAAAGCGUCGCGACAGGCGAUACCACAUGCACCUUCAGAAGACUCUGCGAGUGCUCUUCAACACUCGACUAGGCCAUGGCUCAGGGUCGAAGACCAUUUCUGCUGAGUAG